UGUGUUAUGCAUUUAUGAAUGUAAUUUUUGUCAAUGGGUCUAAGCAUACAGAAUGUAAAUAUAUACACAUGUAAAGCAAAUACAGAGGUUAUUGGUAUCACACGGAUGGCCGAUAUAUGUAAUAUAUCUUUUUAUAUUCAGAUGAACACUUUUUCAUUAAGACAAUAAGCUAUUUCAGAAUGGAUAAACAUAAUAAUUUCCAAAACUUAUAAACAGAUAAUAACCAUCAUUCAUUAAUCUUAGCGUACGCAUCUAGUUAAAAAAAAAUAAAAAAAAAAUUUUGUUAAGGCUUAUUUUAAUUGUAUGUACAUUAUAUCUAUACAUGUAUAAUUUAACAAGAUAGUUGUAUUUAAAGAUAAUUUCGUAUUGAUUUUUUCAGCCUUGUUUACGUUAGUAUGCAUUGCUUAUUAACAGUAUGAUAUAAGUGAACAUUAUCAUUGUGCUUUGACACGGUAAAAAAAUCCCGCGCGACACCAGGUUUCUUUUUGUGAUAUAGGAUCUGGUAUUUCAUCAAGAGGGGUGAGAGGUUGUCAGGUAUUAGAAGGUGAGGGGCAUCUAAAUACUAUAAGCCCAAAUAAAAUUUGGACUGAAAUACCUCCUAUAUUCCUGGACCGAUCGUUUGGGGUUUUCGUUCUCUGUUUUUAGGGAAUUUCUGGGGAUUUAAAAGCCAGGACACAGGGACAAUCUCCGAAAGAACUUCAUAUGUUUCCAAUAGAGAAUAAUUUCCGUUCACACUUUUCCUUUUAACACGACAGCAUUAAAAGACACAUCAUUCUGUUUUGUUAAUUAAUCAUCUACGUGUCAUUGAUAUAUCUUAGUACGUAUCUGGUAAAGUAUAUAAAUCAUAUUAAGGGGCGUACAUGUGUGACAUUUAUCAAUAUGCAUUCGUUGAGAAUAUACGUCACACUAAGGGGGUACAUGUAUGAUAGCCAUGAGUAUGUAUUAAGGGGAGUAUUUAUAUCAUAGUUAAGAGAUAUGUGUUUUUGAAAGUAUUCAAAAGUUUUACUUCAAAUGUUGCAUUUUGACACAGUAUUAGCAGUGAAAAAUUACUUAGUUCAACUUUCAAAAUUUUAAAUAUCAAUAUUUUAAAGACUACUUUGUUUUUUGUUCUCCUUCAACAGCAAAGAUAAUGGGUUUUUUUAUGUGAAAAUCCUUUGAAAUACAUGUUCACAUUACAAAAAGACUACAUUUAUAGACAAAUGUGUACCUCAUUUCAGCUCGCAUGUGCAAGAGACGGUGUCCAAAAUUAGAGUAGGCGAAUAUGAAAGCAUUUGAUUGUUCAAUUUUACAAAUGUUAGAGAAGUAUAAUAUAUUGUAUACCUAUUUACUCAUUCCAGUUUGUCGUCAAUACUAAAUGCCCAAUAAGAGCCAUUCCUUGUGAAAUAACGUCCUUUUUUUAAUCUUCGAAAAAGCAUGAGACAUGGCGGUUAUAAAAACUGCCAAGAUUAUUACAAUUAUGGUAAAUAUUUAAUAACAAGUUUGUCUGUAUGUUUGACAUGUCACAUCCCAUCCUCACGUGAUGAAAAUCUACAUCAACAUGCUCCCUAGGGAGUUGAGAAAGAUAUUGGCUGGUUGCAAAGGCCCUAUAACCACGGAUAAUAAUUUGUGAACCGCCUUGAGAAGACCUCCGAACUAGGUUGUGAGAAAGCGGUAUAUAAGAACCUCGAAUUAUUAUUAUAAACAGCACAUCAACUUACCGAAAAGAAAACUGAAACUGAGUGAAACAUUUAGAAACGAGUGCUUAAAUAGAACCUAACUAUAAUCCCAUUUUAUGAAAAUGCCAUAAGAAGAAAGCAAUAAAUAAUAUACAAGAUAACAUGCAUUUCAUUAGCUUUUCGUUUCCUAGAUAAUGCUCCUCGAUUCUGCCUCAACCUCAAAACCUCAUACAAUUUUGCUUCGCCUGUCCCGUCAUUCUGACCCUUUGUUUGUCUGUAGGUAUGCACAAUGUAUGUUAUGGUUUUAUUAAAAUGUGUGAUGUAAAACAAAUGCUCUCUUCUGUUAUCAAUUAAGUACACAACGAUUGAAUAUACAGACUGGAUGUUAAUAUUUUCAAGCUAACAAUGAGUUCAACAUCAAAAGGACUCUCUGGAUUUGUUUGCAAAACUGAAUGCGACAAACUUACAACUACAACGUGCAAAUCAAUCUUAGAUUCAUUGUUCAUGCUUGUGUUUAUUUGAGUCUGACAGUGUCUUGAGUUUCUAUAGAUUUACAGUCAUAGUUUAAGUUGUACUUUUAAAAAAAAAACAUUUAUAUGAUUGACGUUGGAAACGGAAAUUUGAAAGGAAGUUUGUCUCAUUUCGGAAGCUGCUUUUGUCAUAACGGUAUUAAAGUGUAGGCUGCUGAUCUGUCUAAUUCAGUGUAUCACAUGGCGGCGAAGAAGGAACGUAAAUAGUGAAGAUGUUACAAACAGCGAUCAUCGCCACAUUCGUCUUCAUUCAAAUAUCGUUGACUUGUGCUGUAAUUACGUCCGAUCCUGAAUGCGGUAAAACAAAGGGGUGUUACCCCUCCAUCUGUCCCGUAGGUGGAUGUCAAGAAUUUCACUUAAGCUGGGAGGACGCUGGGGAAUACCUAAGGUUCAAGAUGAUAGUUGAAGUUCCAGCAGAUGAGGUUGUAUGGGCAGCAAUAGGUUUCUCAAAGGACAACAGAAUGAGAGACACCAGUGUGGUAAUGUGCAAAUCGGACACGAUGACAGCCGAAAUAGGGCAUAAUGAUCCUUCACGAUUCUUCUAUGCUCCUUUAAGGACUGUAUCAAGCCUACAGGAUGUGUCUGUUUCCCGAACCGUAAUGUAUAUGACGUGUAUGUUCUCCCGAAUUAAGAUACCAAGGGAAUUCCCAGCACAUAUAUUUGCCUUAAACCGACCCGACCUAUAUCUUCUGAAUGCUCGUGGCCCGAUUGCCAAAGGAGGCAUGCCUAAUCCCCACACAAGCAGACAAGCAAGCGCGAGCCCUGUGUCAUUCAUGAUUAUAGGCCAGGAGGAUACCACUACCACUACAACCACCAGAAGUCGUUCUACCACUAACACUACCACUACCACUACCACCACUAGAAGUCGCACUACCACUGCAACUACCAUAAUUGCGUCACCAACUACCAAAGAUUCUACUAUCACUACCUCCUCUGCGUCACCAACCACUAAACUCCCCCCUUCCACCUCUAUCGACACACCUGCCAACACCCCUACCAGCACUUCUAUCUCAACCCGUCGCAUUUCUCCUACGGCCGAGCCCGUCAGCACUGCUAUGCCAAUCAUAAAUACUGUUUCGUCAAUGAUGCUGACAUGUUUGUCAGUUGUCGUUGUACUAAUUUUGAUGACAUAGAACGGGUUUAAAUUCAGGUUUAACGCCUAAAUGUUACCAAACAACAUGUUGUUUCAUUGUGUAUUGUGUUCCAUGGAAACGAAUCCUAAUUUAGGUUAUUCCAUAAAUCAAAAACCUCGAUCUAUGAAAUUCAACAAACACACAGGAAAAAGCCGUGAACACCGGUUUGUCAGGUGGUUUCAAUAUGCAGUUUUCCCCUAUCUCUCUCUGAUACAGAUUGUAAUACAGGUAUACAGAUGUAAGUCAAUGCUCUUUCACAAAAUUUACACAAAGUUGUGAGAUAGGACCUGCAGAUACAUUAUUUUAAAUACUCGCAUUUUUAAAUGUUCGUUUCCGCUUCUCUGUGAUUUUACGAAACUGCGCUCAGAGGUUACCAAAUGCGAUGUUGACCUGCAACUCCUUAACAAUUACGCGAAAAGACGCAAUACAAUCCGUUGUUGAUCUCCACUAAAAUAGUAACAGGGGAUCAUGUCUAUGGCGAAUCAUAUUUUGACCAAUCAGAAAACAAAACUGGCAAUCACCGAGUAGUAAACAAUGACAGGCAGCAAUACGCAGACGUCCGAUUAUCGGGAGGCAUUACGAUUCCCUCGAAUAGAUCAUAAUUACCCGAUUCUAAAUUCCCUUAAUGCCAUCGAAUUUGCCUAAAACUUUAUCCAGAAAACGUAGCAGAGAGAGGCCAACUAACAAAAACAAAGUCUUGACAUAGGUUAACACGAGAACUUGCUGGCCAUCGAUAUAUGACAUUUGUUGGUUUCAUUGAAUAUUGCCUUUCUUGGGCAAACGAAUACCGUUUUUAACCUAAAAACGGCCACAAUUGUGUUAUGUUAAAAAGACUUGUUAGAUUUCGUACAAAUAAAAUAUAUAUAUCAAAUAUACUCAUGUACAGAUUAACAAAUUAAUGUAAGACAACAGGAAACCACAUCAUGGUACAUAAACAGAUAAUAGACAUCAUUCAAUGAUUUAUUUAGCAUUUCUAUGUGAAAAAGAUAAUUUUUCAGUUAUUAUACUUGUAUUCAUGUUUUAUUUGUAUACGUAUACACUGAUGAGCAGUUCCAUGAUGUUUUGAAACGCCUAACGUCACUGUACCUAAAUCGGGACACUUUUUAGAUAAAUAUCGAUGUUCUUUUAACCGUACUAUCAGUUCCAAAAAUAUUUGUUCAUUUUUCAUAUAUAGAUAUGCUAUCCACUUUUCAUUUCUAUUACAAGUUGAUAUUUCGGGCGCGUGGUUCUAUAAAUAAAACGCGAAGUACCAACAGGGUUACGUAUACGUAUGCCAUUUAUUUGGGGAUACACGAUCAAUAUUAGCAGAAAAGAAGACAUAUUUAAAAAGAGUUUAGAUUCAAACAGGGUCAUGAUUAAAUUUCUUCUCCAAACUAGCAGUAGUUUUGAUAAAAUAGACUUUGGAAUUGAUUUCCAAAUAAAUAGCGUCGCACGACACGUAAAUCGGGAAGGUUUUGUUUUGGUCAUUAUUCUUACCUUUAAAUUGUCCAUUUAACGAUAAUCAGCAACCAAUAAAGCUUACAUACAGUUAAAUUGUCAUAAAAGUGUUAUGGAAUGAAAACUAUAUGCAUAAAAGUACUUCUUUGAAUUGAAUGAUAGUUCCUUGGGCCGUUUUCCCAUAAGUGACCCGUUUUGGUAACUGUGCCGAUUUGGGUACAGUGACGGUAAGAUUCUAACCCAGAAAGGACGUAAGGUUGGCAGGGAUACCUGGUAAAUGUAUGUGUAUAGGGUUCUAGGUUUUAGCAUGAAAUGACAGCACCAUAAGUCUGUAGUUAUUUUUUUAUUUUUGUUACUGGUGUUGUAUUUCUAUAUGGAAAUUUUAGAAAGGGACAUUGGAGCGUUGUCUAUCUUUUGAAUAGAGAAAAACUGCCGAAAAUCACAGGAGCCAAUAUUCAUGUUACUAUCUAUUCUCUCUUGUUAAAAUAUUUCAUUCUUUUGUAGGUGAAUUAUUUAGUCAUUAGAUUCUAUUGAUGUUACUUACUAAUUGAA